AGUCCCCGCCCGGCCACCGGCCGCCAACCGCGCUCCCUCCGUGUCUUCCCGUGCUCCGCUUGCUCCGGACGAGCCCCGCCGAGGGGGAUGCUCCGGGCACCACCUCUCGGGGCAGUUGCGCCUCUUAGCUCACUCCGGCGUCCCCAGCCGCGGCGGCCCCGGGAAGUUGUCUCGUGAGCCCGCGGCCCCCGGGUCUCCUCCUCCUGAGCCCCGCCCCCCGCCCAGCGCGGGGGACCGCAGAGCCGCCCGGCCCGGGGGCGUCGCCGCUCGCUCUCCGGAGCCCGCGGAGUCCGAGAAACCAGCGCUGCUGGCGAGCGUCCGCUCCCCUGCAAGCAGCGCGCUUGACUCGGAAGCCCGGGGACCCCUGCGCAGCUCCGCCACGGCGCGCGCCCAGAGCGCGGGAGCCCGGAGCACCGGGCGCCUGGGACCCCGCGCAGCCUCUGGCCAGCCCGCGGGGCUCGGCAGGGAUGUGGGCUGUGCUGUGAGCCCGGGCGCCAGGGCCAUGGCCGGCGCCCGCUGCCGGACCCUGUACCCCUUCUCUGGGGAGCGGCACAGCCAGGGGCUGCGCUUCGCUGCGGGCGAGCUGCUCACGCUGCUUCAGGUCCCGGACGGCGGAUGGUGGGAAGGCGAGAAGGACGACGGGCUCCGUGGCUGGUUCCCCGCCAGCUACGUGCAACUGCUGGAGAAGCCUGGGAUGGUCCCCCCUCCGCCAGGAGAGGAGAGCCAGACGGUCAUCCUUCCACCCGGCUGGCACAGCUACUUGUCUCCUCAGGGCCGCCGUUACUAUGUCAACACGACUACCAAUGAGACCACCUGGGAAUGUCCCAGCAGUUCUUCUGGGAUUUCAGCCAGCCCUGGCCCUCACAGGGGCUCUCUGCCUCCAACAGUGAAUGGAUACCACGCAUCAGGGACCCCGGCGCACCCUCCAGAGACUGCCCACAUGAGUCUCCGAAAAUCCACCGGUGAUUCCCAGAACCUGGGCUCCUCGUCGCCAGGCAAGAAACAGAGCAAAGAAAACACCAUCACAAUAAACUGUGUGACAUUCCCUCACCCAGACACAAUGCCUGAACAGCAACUGCUCAAGCCGACUGAGUGGAGCUAUUGCGACUACUUCUGGGCGGAUAAGAAGGACCCACAAGGCAAUGGCACAGUGGCUGGGUUUGAACUGCUGCUGCAGAAGCAACUGAAAGGCAAGCAGAUGCAGAAGGAGAUGUCUGAGUUCAUCCGAGAAAGGAUAAAGAUUGAAGAAGAAUAUGCAAAGAACCUUGCUAAGCUCUCUCAGAACUCCUUGGCUGCCCAGGAGGAAGGCUCCCUGGGAGAGGCAUGGGCCCAAGUAAAGAAGAGUCUGGCCGAUGAGGCUGAAGUUCACCUCAAGUUCUCUGCCAAGCUCCACAGCGAGGUGGAGAAACCCCUGAUGAACUUCCGAGAGAACUUCAAGAAGGACAUGAAAAAGUGUGACCACCACAUCGCUGACCUCCGUAAGCAGCUAGCCAGCCGCUAUGCCUCAGUGGAGAAGGCCCGCAAAGCCCUCACAGAGCGGCAGAAAGACCUGGAGAUGAAGACCCAGCAGCUGGAGAUCAAGUUGAGCAACAAGACUGAGGAGGACAUCAAGAAGGCACGGAGGAAGUCCACUCAGGCAGGAGAUGAUCUCAUGCGCUGUGUGGACCUCUACAACCAGGCCCAGUCCAAGUGGUUUGAAGAGAUGGUGACGACCACCCUGGAGCUGGAGCGGCUGGAGGUGGAGAGGGUAGAGAUGAUCCGACAACAUCUGUGCCAGUACACACAGCUGCGGCAUGAGACAGACAUGUUCAACCAAAGCACAGUCGAGCCUGUGGACCAACUGCUGCGAAAAGUGGACCCAGCCAAAGACAGAGAGCUAUGGGUCAGAGAGCACAAAACAGGCAACAUUCGCCCAGUGGACAUGGAGAUCUAGAAGUGACUGUAUGGUCCUGGGGGUCCUCCUGAGGAGAGGGGCUGGGGAUCCCAUGGAGAAGGGCUGUAUCUGCCCUAUUACCUGCUAAUCUAUCCAGGGAAAAGGAGGAAAAGAGACAGUGAUUCCCGAAGGAGGGCCCAGCCAGGGGCUCCCCAAUAUUCCCAGGCCAUAAUGAUGGACCCACAGCCCCAACUUCACCUCAAAGACUGGAGCCUCCCCUCCAACUCCCAUGCUGUGCUUGUCACUCUGAGAACCAACUGAGGCUAGAACCCUGGGGUCCCAGCUGAGUUCCACAGGGGUGGCCAUCACACACCUGUGCCCCAGGUAUCCAAGGCCUGUCCUCUAGCGGGAUUGUCAUCUCCAGGACCAUGGAAGGGGAAGGGGGUGGUGUCUCUGUCUCCAAACAAUGUCAGGAUCAGGAUCGAGGACAGGAGGGAAAGUGAAGUUCGCAUCCUGUCCCACAACAUUUUUUAGUCCUCCCUACUUCUCCCUUUGCUUUGUAGGAGCCCACAUCUAUAUUUUUUUUCGUCUCCCACAAGAAUGGUGGAGUUUCUUCCCAACCCAAAUCUGGAGAGGUCAGAAUGGAACUACCUCAGUUGGCACAACCAGAUCAUAGCUCCCAUCAGUUUCAGAUUCCAGAUCUGGCAUUGACUGUAAAGUCUACCACAAAGUCCCAAUCUACCUUUCCCCCAACCUCUUUCUCAAGGAGGAAACUCCACACCUCAUCCAGACAGCCCUUUCCAGACUCAAUAGAGGAUAUUUUCCCAAGUCCUCAGACAGCUAGAUGCAUGAUCAAAGGCUUUGGGGGUGGAGCCCCACAAAGUCUUGUUUGACACAUGCCCCCGCCCCUCAUCACUAUGACAGCCUUGACCAGUAUGCUCUCCCGUGCUGACUACAGGCCAUGUGAGUCAGCGGUGGUAAUAUUCAGGUUUGGUUAUUCUCUAGAAUGGCUCUAGCUGUGGAUGUGCACAAUGGAGUAGGACCUGCUGUCCCCCUUACUGCCAUUGGUCCGUAGUGCAGAGUCUCAUGGCUGUAGGUGGUUGCCACCCAGGAAACGUAGGAACGUUGGGUCGUCACACAGUGAGUGGGGUUGGGGUGAAUUCUAGCUGGGAACUUGUGCGGGGUGGGGGGCAUUUUUCCUCGUCUUUCCCACAGAUGACUUUGUAUUUGACCUGUCUACCCAAAGGGCAGAAUCCCCUGAGCGCCACUCCCAUCUUGCCAUCUCACAUGCUUGUCGCGGAUAGCUUACUAAUCUUGGACCUUUGGGCAGCCCAUCCACAGAACCAUCUCUCAUGGUUGUUAGCAAGAUGCCUAAUACACUAAAGCAAACUAAGCACUGUCACUUUCCUUACUGAAACAUCUCAACCAUAAAAGCCACCAUGAGGACAUUUCACCAACCUGUGCUCAGCAUGGACCCCGUGACACCAGCCUCUGAUAUUAGGACAUUAUUUCUUGAUUUCCUUAUUAAAGAAAAUGGGUGCUAGUGGUAAUUUGCUUUGUGGCUUAGCAACCUAAUUUGUGAGUGAUGGUCAAGUUCCAAGUCUUGUCAUACACAGGGGUUUUGGGUAUCACAGUGUGGCUCAUGACUUUGUUCCCUUGCCACCUCGCUUAGGACAUUCAGAGUCCCCUGAGAUGUCACUUCCUCCAGCAUAACUGAAGUUGGCUGAUGUGAGCCGAUUCCGUGUGAGGCUAUUCUCUUUUUGUUGUCCCCUCACUUCCUUUUUAAUCUAUCCAUGUAUACAUUUUCCUUCUUUUGUCCCCUUCUUUCCAUUGAUCAUUCAUUUAGAGUUUUGUUAAAGACAAGCAAUCUGUGAUCUCUCAUCUGAAGACAGCCUACAGCUCUGUGAUGCAAAGAAACCCUCAGACGUUCUGUAUAGAUCCACCCCUUCCUGAGAUGCACUUGGCUCUCCCUCUCCGAUACCAGGCCCGUUUGAGUUCUCAGUGGUACCAGCUCUAUGUGGGUUCAUGUGCACCUGGUUUAUGUGCCUGUGUGCUGGUUCACAGGCAUCUGUUCAUUUUCAUACUCAUAAAUGCUCUCAGUAAAUGCUUGGAACUGGGUGCCGAGUGCCGGAACUAGCCAUGUGUCUAGGAGGGCACCCCCAGCUCGCUCCACCUCCGGUUGACCCUUCUGGACAGAGGAAACAAUACAUUUUCCACCCCACACACUGGGAUUCUUGAAGUAUUAACUGUGCUAAGAGAUCUUGGCACAGCAGUGGGAUCUGAGUCUCCUGACUACCAAAUCUCAGUUCACACCAAGCUCAAUUUCAGAAAUGGCUGCAGUUGGUUUCCGGUAUGUUUCCUUCUACUACAAAUAGGGAAGAUAAGAGCAUAGAGGAGGUGGGUGCCAGGAAGUGAUGCCCAGAACUGUGAUUGUGGUAGAGUCACGUGUCCCAACUACCCUCACUGUACCCAGGGGAUGAAACCAAGAAGAUGACGAUGUGCAAGAACCUGAAAGUGCAUACUGAGUUGAGUAUUCAAGCUGCUGUUGUGGUCCUUGGUCUCCAUGCAGUGCUGGAUACCCAACCAAGAGUCAUGUGUCUAGGCCAGUUGCUCUACCACUUAGCUAUUCCCAUCCCCGUUACCUUGCUUUUGUGAACACGCCAGUGCAUAGGUUCUGAGAGGAUCUGGCAGGGUUUAUUUAGAGUGGGCGAGCAUCCAUUGUCCAGGCUGAGAGCAGCAACAGCCCUUUCUACCUGCCCCCGACUAGGAGUGCCAAUGCACUUAAGCUUUGUCUGCAAAACCCUGAUUUUAAAAAAAAAAACUCUAAAAUGAAUGAUGUUCAAAAAUGGGUUAGUUGCCAUGGCAACCUCCAGGAAGAGAUACUUGUUACCCUUCAUUAUUUUCUAGUACCUUUGAACAGUCUCACAGUGCAGGGGCCAUUUGAAGGAUGUGAAUGGCAGCCCUAGGCUGUCUCUGCUAUGGGGGCCACCUUUCUACCUCCACACAAGACCCUGUUGACUCGGGAGGAUCUCUGCAAUGGUUGAUUAAUAGCUGAGGCAAAGUAUCCAAAUUUGUGACAGGGGUUUGUUUGUGUGCAAUCCCUCUGUGGAAUCCACCCAAUUAUGAGGGUAGUGGAUGGGUGCAUGAGAAUCGUGGUUCACCAAAGCCCCUUCAUGGAAAUACAAGCCAUAAAAUUCAAAAGGUGUCAAAAGACCUUGGCUUGUUUGGGGGUUUGUUCCCCAUCUGUGAGUAGACUUGACAAGAAGGAUUUAAACAGGAGUCUGAAGACCUGCUGUUACUAGGAAGCUAAGAAAGGCAUUUUACAGACUUGAAGUAGAGAAGCAGGUCAGCUCCUGAUGGCUUAGACUGAAGACCCCUUCAUUGCCAAAGUUGUUCCCAUGCCACAAAGCAUCUCUCCACCUCCCUUUUCAAGGUAAUUGAGGUGUGACUAAAAUACAGUACAACUCGCCCUUUCAAGGAAUGCAGUUCUAUGAACCUUACCAUGACUGGUCUUCUCAACCACAACCAAGAUAAGCAUAUCACCUUGUCAAUUCCUCUUUUCCCACCCCGGAUCUAGCAGCCAGUUCAAUGUUCUGUCCCUAUAAUUUUGCCUUUUUCUACAACACCAUGUAAAUGGAGUCACACUGAUACAACCUUCUGGAUCAGCCAUGUUGUGCGUGUCAGGAGAAGGUCCCCUUUCCCUGCUGAGUGUUCUAUCAAAUGAAUGGGCCCUAGGAUUUCCUUAGUUUUAAAAUGAGGUUUUUAUGCCUUGGAAGUCCUAGCCCCAGAUCUCCAGUUUGUAUAGCUGCUUCCAACCCACUGCUUCCUAUGAUCCUGGGGCUCCUUCCCCAGACACCAGCUAUGCCCUCAAGUUGGUGAUUCUAGUUCUGGGUCAAUGAAGAAAGCAGGAAGGGACAGCAACAGGACGUCACUCUCCACUGUUGCAGCAGUAAAUCUCUCAGUAUAAGAAGAUCCUCUCCCUCAGGGGGCUGUCACCUCAGUCCUUGGUGGCUUUGUAAUUUAUUGAACAUUGACCCUUGGGUAUAGCUUGACCCUUCCCCGAACUUGUUUUGCCAUCUGCCAUUUGAGGGUGCUUGUUCUAAAAGGCCUCUGAGUCUUUCAGCUCCCGUGUCCCCCUGCCCCCACGAUUGCCUAUUUGUUCUCUGUGCACAAGGUCAUACAUUAGCUGGGUCAUUCCCACAGCUGCGACCAGAAAUCCUCACAAUGGGCACUUUUCCAGGUAAACCCAAAUAGAACUAAAUCAUGUCACAAGCUGAGAGAAUUACUUAGUUCCUCUCAGAACUCCUGAAGAAACUGUAAGUCAGUACCAGUCGCUUCUGGGUCUGUCCCAGGAGUGAGGACAGCUGUGAACACAGGGUCAGCUGAUCAAGUCUGUCUUGCUCAUGGUAGUUUGACUUGCCAGCAGUCAUGCUGAGACUAGCUUGAGCCUGCACCUGUUAGAUAGUGGUAGAGAUAGGCCCAAGCUCAGUGGAGGCCAGGCCAGGCUAAGAGUGGGACUCUUUGGGACCUGUUCCUCUAAGCUGUCUUGGUUAGGUAUGGCUGAAUGGAAGAUGGAGGCUAGAGGGCUCUUCCGAAGCUCCAGGUAGACUGAAAAGUUCCUAGGUUCAGGUGAGAGACAGAUCUGGGGAGUCAGAACACAUAGGUCUUGAGAUAGGAGGCAAAGCUGCUAGGACCCUGAGGUGGAGGGGGCUUUUCUAACCCCUCAACAGCUGGUUAAUCAUUACUGAGGUCAGGGACUUGCUUCUCAAGGGGCAGGCUCUACUAGCUGCCCAAGAUCAAGGCUCCCCUGCCCUAAUCUUCUAGUGCUGAGGGUAGCUCUUGGGGACUGAACUAUGGAAGCUUGGGUUGGGUAGUGCGGAUGAUGUUUAGACUCUUUCUGGGUGGUAUUAGGGAUGUGAGCCCUAUGUGUUUAAAGGAGAGUUUCCAAUAGGACUGUGUUGGUGGAGUGUGGAGGCCGGAAGCCACACUAUGGCACCGGGGCAGAAAGGAAGAACUGAGACUGGCCCUCCCCUGCUUCCCAGUCUGUCCCACAUCCUAAGAUCACACCCCGGGGGACUCCUCUGUGCUCACCUGUUCCUUCCUGCAGCUUCCUCGACAGACAGGUUCUUGGACCCAGGUACCGACAUUCCAAGGGACACCAGCCAACCUGGGUGAGGGCCGCACUCUGUAUGUCUUCCCUUCCCUGGGGAAAGAGAUACCCAGAAGCACCCCCUUACAACCUGAGCACAUGAGCGAACCCCAUGAAAGUGGAAUUUUCUAACAAAAUAAACUUGCUCGUUUUGGUCUGUUUUCUGUAACUUUUGCUAAAUACUUUAUACAUUUUUAAUGUUGGAAAAAAAAAAAAAAGCAGUGUCUCCUGCCAGAACUCCUCACCCGGGAUGAAUGUGUUUACUUCUCGCUGUAUAUCUUUCCAUGCUGCGGCUGCCUGGACCAGUAAAUAAAAUGGAUGUAAUAUAAGUUGUAAGUAACAUUGUCAAAACUCAGAUCCCCAAUGGAGGCUGCCCGCCUCCCCCACCCCAUGAUAGCAUCUCUGUGUAUUAAUUCUGAAGAAUUAAAUGUUUAAAUUAGAGUUCGGA